AUGUAAUAAUCAAUCUCACAAGAAGAUUUUAAGACCUAUUUGAAAGGUAUUGGACUUCCAGCUGAUAUAAAAUUAUCAGUCUCAGUUGAAACACUAUAUCUCCUCACUAAUAAGCAACUCAUAUAUACCUUCUAUCACAAUACAGAUGCCCAUUUAAAAGAAUCAAAACCCAUUUCACUUGAAUUUGUUGAUAUCUUACAGAGACUAUGUGUUCAAAAGAGAGGGGGCCUCUGUUAUGAACAUGAGUUAUUACUUUAUUAUGUUCUUAAACACAUAGGAUUCAAUGUGGAAUUGAUUAGAUGCUUCGUUUAGGAAGCUGGACCAUAUAAUCCCGAUUACCCAACUACUCAUGGCUUCAUGCAUGUUAAGUUAUAGGAUGAAAUCUUUCUGAUAGAUAUUGGAUUUUGGGGUUAGAUCCUUGAGAUAUCCUCUAAAAGUUGA